GUCGCGGCACCCACAGGGAACUCAGGUGGAUGGUGCUUCGCUUGGUGUUGCCGCGGAAUGGCAGGCCCGGGGAGCUUGGUCCUGCGGCCCUGGAUUCGAAGGCUGAUCCUGGGGUCAGAGGCACUCUCAAGUCCGCGGGCGGCGCAGCUGCUUGAGGUACUGGAGGAGGCGGAGGCCCCGGGCCCGUCCCGCGCCCCUGACACAUCUGACGUCGGGACUACGCUGCUAGUGUCCGACGGGACCCACAGUGUACGAUGCCUGGUGACUCGGGAGGCUCUGAACGCCUCAGAUUGGGAGGAGAAGGAAUUCGGCUUCCGAGGAGCAGAAGGCCGGCUGCUCCUGCUGCAGGACUGCGGGGUACGCGUCCAAGUUGCUGAGCGCGGCGCGCCGGCGGAGUUCUAUCUCCAGGUGGACGGCUUCAGCUUGCUGCCCACGGAGCAGCCUCGGGAACGGGUGAUUGGUUGCAACCAGGACCCGGAUGUGCAGAAAAAGCUCCAUGAAUGCCUGGAGGAGCACCUUUCAGAGUCUACCUCCUCCAAUGCAGGCCUUUCACUGUCUCAACUUCUGGAUGAAGUAGAGGAGGACCAGGAGCAUUGGGGGGCGCUAGUGCACCUGGCUGAGAGCUGUCUGAUGCUGGCAGGCCCUUGCACUGCAUCCCCUCUCACACGCUGGGCUGCCUCACGCCACAGGGCCAUGGGAGAAGUUGUGUACACUGUCCCCAGCCUAUGGCUUCACAUCUCUGAGAAUGACCAGCGAAUCCUGAGCUCUUUGCAUCCGGGUCAGAAGACACAGGGCCUUGAGUUACCCCCACCAGACCCGGCUCUACAGGAACUAUCACUGACCCUGAUCUCCUCUUCUUCUUCACCCAGUUCCUCAGGAAGCCCUGCCUUACCCAGCCACAUGUCAUCAGAGGAAAACAGUACCAGUGUCAGCCUUCUGCCUGCCCUGUCCUUGGCUGCUGUAGACCCAGUGCAGCAGGGCAGCUCCCAGCCCCUACCAGCUGUCUGCUUAGCCCCUGGUCCCCUGCCUGCCAGUUCUCCACACCCUAGCUGUGUAUCCAACUCCUCACUCUUGAGCUGCACCCCAAGUCUUUCACCCCUUGGCCCUGGCCCCAGUCCACACCAGGCCCAUGUGACCAGGGCCCAGAAACCUAGCCUUGAGUUCAAGGAGCUAGGGUUGCUCCCCAAGAACUGGCAGCGCUCUCGAAGGACAAGAACCAUCAAGGGAGCCCUGGAUUCCAGCCCUGUCUGGGACCCUCCAAAGAGGCAUCGUGAUGGUUCCGCCUUCCAAUAUGAGUACGAGCCACCCUGCACCUCCCUCUGUGCCCAGGUCCAGGCUGCCAGGCUCCCUCCUCAACUUGUGGCUUGGGCCUUGUACUUUCUGAUGGAACCACAACCAGAAUCUGAGCUAACCCAGGUGUAAGGGGUUAUGCAAACACAUGAUAGGAUGUGUGCAUACAAGUCCAUGCCUGUAGGUGGACAAACAGUGCUCCACACUCUGCUUCCUUUGAGUUUUUUAAUAAAAUAAUCUCAUGCGGCAGGAAA